CGCCAGGAGCGUGUCAUGUUUGACAAGAUCACGUCACGCAUCCAGAAGCUCUGCUAUGGGCUCAACGCUGACUUUGUCGAUCCCGCCCAGAUCACCAUGAAGGUGAUUCAGGGGCUGUACAGCGGAGUCACGACAGUGGAACUGGAUACGCUGGCUGCUGAAACGGCCGCCACCCUGACCACCAAACACCCUGACUACGCCAUCCUGGCAGCGAGGAUCGCCGUGUCCAAUCUGCACAAAGAAACCAAGAAAGUAUUCAGUGAUGUGAUGGAUGAUCUCUACAACUACAUAAACCCUCACAAUGGGAAGCACUCACCAAUGAUCUCCAAAGAAACUCUAGACAUCGUUUUGGCCAACAAAGAUCGCCUGAAUUCUGCCAUUAUCUAUGACAGGGACUUCUCCUACAACUACUUUGGUUUUAAGACUCUAGAACGCUCCUACUUGCUGAAAAUCAACUCCAAAGUUGCUGAGCGUCCUCAGCACAUGUUGAUGAGGGUAUCGGUGGGGAUCCACAAAAAUGACAUCGAUGCUGCGAUCGAGACGUACAAUCUGCUGUCUGAAAGGUGGUUCACACACGCCUCCCCCACCUUAUUCAAUGCUGGCACCAACCGGCCUCAGCUUUCCAGUUGCUUCCUGCUGUGCAUGAAGGAUGACAGCAUUGAGGGAAUCUACGACACUCUCAAGCAGUGUGCGCUGAUCUCCAAGUCUGCUGGUGGGAUUGGUGUUGCUGUGAGCUGUAUCCGAGCCACAGGCAGCUAUAUUGCUGGGACAAAUGGAAAUUCCAAUGGCCUCGUUCCCAUGCUGAGGGUCUACAACAACACUGCCCGUUACGUGGAUCAAGGUGGUAACAAGAGACCUGGGGCUUUUGCCAUCUACCUGGAGCCGUGGCAUUUGGACAUCUUUGAGUUUCUUGACUUAAAGAAGAACACUGGGAAAGAAGAGCAGCGAGCCAGAGACCUUUUCUUUGCCCUUUGGAUUCCUGAUCUCUUCAUGAAGCGAGUUGAAACCAACCAGGACUGGUCUUUAAUGUGUCCCAAUGAGUGUCCUGGCCUAGAUGAGGUCUGGGGGGAGGAAUUUGAGAAACUAUAUGAAAGUUAUGAGAAGCAGGGCCGUGUCCGCAGAGUGGUGAAGGCCCAGCAGCUCUGGUACGCUAUCAUCGAAUCCCAGACAGAGACUGGCACGCCCUACAUGCUCUACAAAGACUCUUGCAACAGGAAGAGCAAUCAGCAGAACUUGGGGACCAUCAAAUGCAGCAAUCUGUGUACAGAAAUAGUGGAGUAUACCAGCAAAGAUGAGGUUGCUGUUUGUAAUUUGGCCUCAAUAGCCCUGAACAUGUACGUCACUUCUGAGCACACUUAUGAUUUCAAGAAGCUCGCUGAAGUCACCAAAGUUAUCGUCUGGAACCUGAACAAAAUCAUUGAUAUCAACUACUACCCUGUGCCAGAG